AUGAAGAUUGGUAGUGGUAGAUUUAAAUGGUCUAAAUUACCAGAUGCACCUCCAACACCUAGUUCACCUAAUACUAGUAGUAGUAGCAAGUCAUCCACCAAUUUAGCAUACACAGAUUCCAUCAAUAGAGAGUUAUCAGGUAUAAAUUUAAAUGAUUCAUCUAGAAUUGCAGGAUCACAAUCAAAAUCAUCAGGAGCAUUAUUACAAAAACAAAAAUGGGGAGAUGAAAAGGGUGCACCAAACGACAUCUAUCAAUUAUUAGCAGAGCAAAAACUUACAGACGAAUAUAUUUGGGGUGGCCAUCCAGAUCUUUUUCCUAUUAUUCAUCAAUACUCUGAAAUGUUAUCAGCUAAAGCAUCAAGUAGUAAUACAGCAGGAAAUGUCUUAUCAAUUAAUUUACCAGAAGCUUCAGAAUUUGGUGAUAUUAAGAAAAAGAGUUAUAAAAUUGGUAAAAAGUUAACUGUAGCACAAACUGUAAAUUUAAUUUGUAAAAAGCAAAAUAUCAACAACCCAAGAAGAUUUUGGUUAUCAACAUUAAUGGGAUGUAUAUUAAAUGACGAAAUGUUAUUAUCUUCAUAUGGAUUUGGCACAUUUUUCGACAGUUGGGAACUAAAUUUAAUUCCAAAGGAUAUCUACACAUCAAGAUUGCUCACAGAUUUUCCAAUAGAAAAUUUUGGAGAAUUCGUUGUCGAUUUUCAAUUACCUCCACUUAAACAAUUUGGUGGUUUAAAAAAGAAAAGAAUUAAAGUUGAUUCAAAUAUACCAAUUUUACAAAUUUUAAGUCAAAUAUGUAAUAAAUAUAAAAUUGAAGAACCAGAAAGAUUUUCAAUUAUAUCCACCGAUGAAUUUCCGCUAGUAUUAAAUAAUCAAGCUACACUUUCUCACUAUGGUUUAGGCACUAUAAUUUCAACAAUGGAGCUAAAUAUCGUAUUUACCGAAUUUAUACCACCCUAUUCAUUAAAAAAUAAUAGCAUUCCUACAUAUGGUGCAUUUCAAGUUGGUAAUGUAAAUCCGGUCCAAUCAAAGGCUGUUAUUAUUGAUUUGGAGAAUAAGCUUCAAGAUAGUUUAGCUUUGGGUGAAGAUAUGGUACAGAAUAUUAAGAAUUUAGUACAGGAGCUUAAAGAAAAAGAAAAAGAACUAAAAGAUAAAGAGCAGCAACACUUUACAGUUAUGAACCACAUUGAAGAGAAACUUACUACUAUUAAAAAGAAUGUUACCAUCGAAAGAGAGAGCCAUUCAAAGCAAAUUGCUGAUUUAAAACAAGAAAAAGAGAACCUUCAAGAUCAAAUUAACCAAUUAAAGCAACAAAUAGAAGAUUUAAAUGCAACUUUAUUCCAAGAAAGAUCAAACAAUACUGAACAAACACUCAAAUUUAAUUAUGAAAUCACUACCCUUAAUUGUAAAGUCGAGCAAUUAGAACAAGAUAAUCAAGAAUUGAAAUCAAAUAUCCAGGAUCAAGAGGUUCUUUAUGAAAAUUUACGUACCCAAAAAGAAGAGGAGUAUCAACGUUUCUGCGAGCAAGCUUUACAAAAAGAAAAGGAGAAAUUAGAUCUUUGUUCAAAAUAUGAAAACCAUAUUAAACAAUUACAAAGAGAGCACGAAGAAAAAAUCAAACAAAUAUUUAAGGAGCUUCAAGAUAAAGAAAAAGAGCAGGAGGAAAUUUCAAAUAGAAUUUAUAAUGAUGUAUCUGAAAGAUUUAGCACACCAAUAGAGCCAAUUGGUAGCACAGGAAUUAGUGAUGAUAGUGGUUUUAGUUCGAUCGAAAGAGAGCAGCUUUUAUCAUCAGUUCAAAGAUUACAACAAGAGAUUAUUGAUCGUGACGUUAUAAUAAAACAGGUUUAUCCAAAGAAAAUACAAACUAUUGAAACCAAUUUCAAGAAAUUAGAUGAAAAACUAAAGGAAACCGAAAGAGAAAAUCAACAAUCAAAACAAACUAUUGCUUUAAAGAGUUUAGAAAUUGUAGAGUUAAAUCGUCAAAUUGAAACAUUAAAGAAUAAUAAUGAAGAAAUUCAAAACAAAUUAAACCAUUCAAAUAAUCUAUACAAUGAAGAAGAAAAGAAAAAUAGAAGAUUACUCAAUGAUUUAUCAACCCUUAAAGGUCAAUUUGAAAAUGAAGUUUUAGAAAAUCAACAAAAAGCUCAAUUAAUAAAACAGAUGGAUGAAUCUAGAAUUGAACAAGAGUUUAGAUUUAAAGAACGUGAAGCUUUCUUAUUAAAUGAAAUUGAAGAAUUAAAGAGACCAAAACCACCACCACUCCCCACAUUUAAAGUUGAAAAACCAAAAUCACCAGAUUCCUCAAGUGAUAAAACCAUUCAAGAUGUUAAAAACUCGCUUAAACCAAUACCAAAUAUUCCACCCCCACCAAGAGAGCAUACUAUUGCUACAGUUGCCGAUUUAUUAUUUGUAUCAAUGCAGAAAAGAUUUCAAAGUAUUCAAGGUAUUGACGAUGUAGAAGAUUUGGACGAAGAUUUGGAUGAUGGUGAAUUUGAUGAUUAA